GGGGCUUGUCGGGAUGGGGCCGGAGCCAACAUGGAGCUCUCAAAGGGAUAAGGGUGGAGCUGCCGUUGCAGGUUGCUCUUGUUCUCCCGCCCCAUCAUGUUGCUGCACUUAUUUCGGGUCGGGAUUCGGAGCGGCCCUAUUCCAGGCAGGCCGCUGCUACCCCUCCGUCUGCAGACAUUUUCGGCCGUCAGGUACUGUGAUGGCCACCACAGCUCUUACCUCCUCAGGGCCAUGGCCCAGGUGCGGCGCCAGCUCCGGGCCCACCUCCCUCGAACACCCCCAGCUCCCAGGCGAAGCCCCUUUGCCUGGCACUGGGUUGGGGGAGGCCUCCUGGGCCCUGUGGUGCUGAGCAAGUGCCCCCGCCUCUACCUUGUGGCCCUGUGUGAGGCAGAAGAGGCCCCUCCUGCCUGUUCCAGACCCUAUGUUGUGGAGCCCCACUUUAACUGGAAGCUCUUCUGGCAGUUUCUGCACCCCCACCUGCUGGUUCUAGGGGCAGCCAUCGUGCUGGCACUGGGUGCGGCACUGGUGAAUGUACAGAUUCCCCUGCUCCUGGGCCAGCUGGUGGAAAUUGUGGCCAAGUACACAAGGGACCACGUGGGCAGUUUCCUGACUGAGUCCCGGCAUAUCAGCGCUCACCUGCUCCUCCUCUAUGGCAUCCAGGGCCUGCUGACCUUCGGGUACCUGGCGCUGCUCUCCCGCGUUGGGGAGCGUGUGGCUGUGGACAUGCGGAGGGCUCUCUUCAGCAACCUGCUCCGACAAGACAUUGCCUUCUUUGAUGCUAAAAAGACAGGGCAGCUGGUGAGCCGACUGACCGCUGAUGUGCAGGAGUUUAAGUCAUCCUUCAAACUUGUCAUCUCACAGGGGCUGCGGAGCUGCACCCAGUUGGCUGGCUGCCUCGUGUCCCUGUCCAUGCUGUCCACACGCCUCACGCUGCUGCUGAUGGUGGCCACGCCUGCCCUGAUGGGAGUUGGCACCCUCAUGGGCUCAGCUCUCCGAAAAUUGUCUCGCCAGUGUCAGGAACAGAUUGCCAGGGCAACAGGUGUAGCGGAUGAGGCCCUGGGCAAUGUUCGGACUGUGCGAGCCUUCGCCAUGGAGCAGCGGGAGGAGGAACGCUACAGAGCGGAGCUGGAGGAAUCCCGCCGUAAGGCGGAGGAGCUGGGCAGAGGCAUCGCCUUGUUCCAAGGGCUCUCCAACAUCGCCUUCAACUGCAUGAUCUUGGGCACCCUAUUUAUUGGGGGCUCCCUCGUGGCUGGGCAGCAGCUGACAGGGGGAGAUCUCAUGUCCUUCCUGGUGGCCUCCCAGACAGUGCAGAGGUCCAUGGCCAACCUCUCUGUCCUGUUCGGCCAGGUGGUGCGGGGGCUCAGCGCGGGCACCCGGGUCUUCGAGUACAUGACUCUGAGCCCGUGCAUCCCGCUGUCCGGGGGCUGCCGCGUGCCCAGGGAGUGCCUGCGCGGGUCCGUCACAUUUCACGAUGUCUGCUUCAGUUAUCCCUGCCGCCCCGGCUUCCAGGUGCUCAAAGACUUCACCCUCACACUGCCCCCUGGCAAGAUCGUGGCCCUUGUGGGCCAGUCUGGGGGAGGAAAGACGACUGUGGCUUCACUGCUUGAGCGCUUCUAUGACCCCACGGCUGGUAUGGUGACACUGGACGGGUGGGACCUGCGCUCCCUGGACCCUUCCUGGCUGCGGGGCCAGGUCAUCGGCUUCAUCAGCCAGGAGCCAGUCCUGUUUGGAACGACAGUCAUGGAGAACAUCCGUUUUGGGAAGCUGGAUGCAACUGAUGAAGAGGUUUACACAGCGGCCCGGGAAGCCAACGCCCAUGAAUUCAUCACCAGCUUCCCCCAGGGCUACAACACCAUAGUCGGUGAGCGGGGUGCUGCCCUGUCUGGGGGCCAGAAGCAGCGCCUGGCCAUCGCCCGUGCCCUCAUCAAGCAGCCCACGGUGCUGAUUCUGGACGAAGCGACCAGCGCGCUGGACGCUGAGUCCGAGCAGGUUGUGCAGGAGGCCCUGGACCGUGCCAGCACUGGCCGCACAGUGCUGGUCAUCGCCCACCGGCUCAGCACCGUGCGUGGGGCCCACCACAUCGUCGUGAUGGCCCAAGGCCGUGUCUGUGAGGUGGGGACUCAUGAAGAGCUCCUGAAGAAGGGGGGCCUCUAUGCAGAGCUCAUCCACAGGCAGGCCCUGGAAGCCCCACCACCCGAGGCGCCCAAAGGCCCCAGGAACCGCCCUGUGAAGUCCUGAGAGCAGUGCCCAGGGCCGGGGCUCAGCGCAGGGGCGCUCCCAGGGCCUGAGCCCCCAGGAGGGCUAGUAUACUUGGGCUGCUGCCCUGCUCACGGUAAAUCCCAGCCGAGUGCUGGGCUUGGGGGUGAGUGGGACCGCGCCCACCCAGUCCCUCUCCUGCCACCUGCUGCCUCCCUCCUGCCAGAGCCUUGAGUGGCCGGGCUGCACCAGGGCGGAGGCAGAGGCCCCGAGCUCCUCCUCUGUCCUUCCCUUUGCCAGGCCCUCCUGGACCUUCUCAGAGACCCUGCUGAGUCUCCCGCUCUACCUGGAGCUGAAACCUGUGCCCACACCCUUGCCAGGAUCUCCCUCACUCAGACCGAUACCCAGCAGUUCUCCUUCCCCACUGCCUGUCUAGGCCAGGGCACAAGAAGCCCACCCUUGGGCCAACCCCUCCAACCCACAAGUCACCAGCCUGGGAGCAACUCCCUUCUUCUCCCUGCUCCCUUGACAGUCCAGUGUUUCUAGACUGUCUCGAUUUCACCCUCCCCGCCAUCCAAAUGGGAUAGGUGCCUAACACGCACCUGGCCCUUGGGGAGGCAGGAGGGGCAGGGCCCCCCCAUGGUCCUCCAGGAGCUCCCAGUGGACUGGGCUAUCUUACCACUGCCCUGGCCCCGUGAGCCUGAAGUCACCUGAUGAGAUUGUGGACAGCUCCCCUCCUAUGUGAAAACACCAAGAUCUGAAGGGGACAGAAGGGGCAAGACACGCCAAGACUCCAGCCAUGGGGAGUAUAUAGUGCUGGGAGUCACCAGGCCGCUAGGGAGCAGUUCAUGCUGACCUCAGAAUAUAGAAUCAGUCUGGGAAGGAGAGGUUCCUGCCGGACCAGCCUCCGUGGAGUGUCAGAGAGGCUCCCUGAGGCAGGUGGGACCAGAGCCUCACCUUGGAAGAGGUUGGGCCAACCACGCGGGGGGAGGAGUCUAUGUCUAGCCCCAAAGGUGUGAGUGAUGCACGGCUGGACUUGGCUUCUGAGGGCCUAGGACGGCCAGGAUUUCCCACCAGCCUCCUCACAGUCUCCCAGAGCAGCCCACCCGUCCUGCCUCGGUUUUGGUCCUGUCUUCCCACCAGGAAUCCUUACCCCUUCACUGCAUUCCAGGCUAAGGACUGUGCCCUGGGGUGGGGAAGAGGACCCAUUCAGGCUGCACCCUGCUCCCUAGGCUGGGGGAGAGGGAUUGCCUACGCCAGACCUCCGAGGCAGCCAAGCCUUGAAGAUUUAUCCUGUGGCACCGAAGGGCGAUGGCACGUUUCAAGGGUGCAGGAUGAGCAGAGUGGGUUGUGGCUGGAGGCCAGCCUGGAGUAGGUAGCAGUGGCUCAGAUAUGAGUACAGAGCCCAGGGAUGAGAGUCCCCACAGUCUUUUCUGGAUGUGGUUUAGGACCAGAUAACUGCUUCGGGGACAAAGCAUCUGAAAUAUCCCAAGGCCGCAGCCACUGGCUUGAUAACCCUGCUUCCUUGCUGGUUGGCGGUCACAGCCCAGGAAACAGAGUACAGGCUGGGUUGCUUUGCCAGUAAACACCUCCCUAGUGAGCGUAGCCAAGAGCAGGCCUCAGCACUCAGGCCUGGUCCACACCGGCCUGCCUGGCCUCCCUGCAGCGAGUCGACCAAGGCCAGCUCCUGCCCCACCAGCUCUGGCCCCAGCCUCAGGCUACCUGGGAUGCCUUCUGACACCAAAUUCUGAGAGUCUCUUACCUCUUGCGGGUGGCCCCCAAAUACUGCUCGCACCCCACCCACUAGGGAAGCAGAGCGAUCCAGCCUAGAAGGCUGUGUGGUGGCCACACGCUUGCUGUGUAGCCUUAACCUCAACCUUGGCUCAUGGGGCUAUUUAUCAGGGGUCAUGACCUUGGCUCUGCUUCAUCUUGAGAGCUUAAGAGUUUACUUGGGAGAAUCUGUGGUGAAGUACUUAAAAUUCGCAAUAGUACAGCCUGAGAAGCUGGUCACAUCUGUGCAAUAAACUAUGUUAUUCUCUC